AUGUCAAGUACAAGAAUUCCUGUCCCCUCUUGUUCAAAAGGUCUUAAAUGUGCAGCAAGAAAACAUCGGUUUCCAGUUUCCCGUGUUGUUGGAUCUCAAGCUAGGCCCAACGCCGCAGUUAAACCUUCACCUAUAGUACAAGAACAUAAAAUGAACUCAUUUGUAAUAUCUCCUCUCAGAUCUGUGUUAUCUGACAAUACAAAUAUUGAAGAUAAAACAUGUACUAGUUGGUGGAAGAAGCUUGAGGAGAGCACGGGGGAUGUUAUGGAGGUUUUAGAAAGUAAACAAACAGACCAAGACGUAAAUGUAGAAAAUUAUAUUGAUGUUGACAUUUUAAGCCAGGAGAAAAAAUAUAUCACAGUCGAUUUGCUAGAAAGUAGUGAUGCUGAAUCAGUAAGCAGCAUUGUUAUACCCCAAAGAAAACUUUUUGCUCAAAAAGAUAGGCAUACUGUGAAAACUUUUGAACAAAUAAUGGACACUAGAGAAAGCCUGGCACAACAAUAUCGAAGCAAAAUUAAAAAUGAUAAAACUAUUAAUGUUCAUAAAAAAGAUUCAUUUAACAGUGGUGCAAAGGAACACAGUAAACCUGUAUUUCCUGCAAAAAUCGUAAAUCAGGGCCAGGCACAAAAACUCAUUGGAAACCGAACAGGCGCUAAACGCGCCUGCAAGAAUAUAUGUACUGAAUUUAUUAUAUCAGAAAGCGAAGAUGAAACUCCUAUUCUUAAACCAACAUUUGAUGUAUCUUCCAAAAUAAAAAAACACAAGCGACAAAAAAUUUCAGCACCACGUAAACUUCAAGAAUUUUCUCGAAGUUCUGAUUCAGAUGAAUUGGUAUCAUUUUCGGUAAAAGGACGCAACACUAGCAUAAGAAAAACUACAAGCAUCAUGAAACCCCAACCAAGUCUUGCAAAGGAACGCAGCAAGCCUGUAUUUCCUGCAAAAAUUGAAAAUCAGGGCCAGGCACGAAACCUCAUUCAGUCAGAAAGCGAAGACGAAAAUCCUAUUAUUAAACCAAAACUUUUUCCACCUUCCGAAAACAAUAAACACAAGCAACAAAAAAAUUCAACCCCACGUGAACUUCGAGAAACUACUUCUGAUAUAACUAAUAUGGAAAUCGAUGAAUGGAAACUUUUACCAUCAUCUACAAUGGUUGAUAACCAACUUGAUGAUAUUGAAGGAAACACUCCUGUAUUAAGAGUUAGAUUGAACAAGCUAGGAAAAGCUACAGAACCUAUAAACAAAUAUAGUAGUGAAAUCAGGACAGAACAAAGUGACAUUGAUGAAAUAGAAUAUAACCUAAAAAGGAACAAAAAUAAAUCUAAUUUUAAAAAAAGCCCUGAGAUUGUAAUUGAGGAUUUGAAACAAGAUAAAAUUUUAGAAGAAAUACAAAACGAUGAAGAUCAUGACAAUGACUUCAUUUUGAAAUACCAAAAUGAUGACCCUAAUUUAUACGAAGCUGACCUAAAACAUCAACAACGAAUUAAUAUGAAGAAAAAUACAAAAUUAUAUAAAAAUAAAUAUCAUCUAAAAGCUUCAGAUAGUUCGCAAAAACUUACUGGUUCAUUCCAAUUGAAGAAUAUUAAUGCUAAGUCAAAAAAACAAAUCAGUGGUAGUAAAAACGUUUCAAAAAAUAUUACACUAACUAAAAAUGUAACUAAUUAUUCUGUCAAACGAAAGAUAAAUGAUGAUGUCCAAAAUGAAGAAAAACUUGAGUAUAAUAAUAAACAAAAUACAGUUAAAUUUAAUUUAAAAAAUGAAAAUCAAAUUAUUACUAUACCACUAACAGGUGAAGAAAUAAAAAAGCAAUCAGCCACCCAUGAACUGGAUAAUAUCGAAAAAGAAAUUACUACCUCCGAGAAAAGACUAGUGGUUAAAGAUGAAAUAGAUUUAUCCAAAAACGUAGUUGUACAAAAACAAAAUAGAAGUAAUGACAAUAAUAGUAGCAACAAUUAUUCUUUUGAAUCCCCAGAAUACGCUCUACAUCAUUUACCAAAUAAAAUGGCAUCAUUUUCGCCAAAAAGACGCAAUACUAGCAUAAAAAAAACUAAAAGUGUCAUUAAACCUGAAAUCAACAUCAAACCAAAUCUUGAGCCACUAACAGAAAGUACAGGAAGUUUCGAUGAGGGAUCCAAAAAUCCAAGUGUAGAAAGAUCAGAUUGGGAAAAGUCAGCGAAGAGACGAGCCUAUGGGCACGAUAUGACUUUUAAAUCUCCUCAACCUUGCUGUUCUAAAUUUCAUGAAAACAUGGAUGUGUACAUAUAUGAAGAUGACGAUAACGGUGAAAUAAAUGUCAUUAAAGAAAUCAAUGAAGAUAUUCCACAACAGUCAUCCGAUAUGCCCAAUGACACCACUGAUGAAUCGGAUGAUCCGAUAUGCCCAAUGACACAAGCACGACCGACUAAUAAAAUAUCUACAAUGAGGCGACAAGCUGAUUUGGUAAAGUUUUUCCAGAAGAUGAAAGAAAAAAAUAUGAAGGAGAGACGCCGCAUAGAAGAAGAAGUGAGGAAUUCCCUUAAGGCAAACAAAAAAGAAUCCUGGGAUAGUUUCCGAAUGCUGGCCAGCCCAAAUCUAGCUCUGCGUCGGACCAAUAUGAAAACUGGACAAACAAAAUCAAAAGUUAAACGAAUUAAAUCUACCUUAAUUCCAAUUGAAAAUCUGUCCGCAGAGGUAUUGGAAGACAUAAAGUACAAACCACCUCCGAGAUAUAAACCGCGUGACGCCUCUUGGGUUACAAAGAGGCUAUAUAAAUUUCUGGAGGCUAAAUUGGAGCCCAAAUACGACUAUAUGGCCCGCGUUCGAGCUGAAAAACUGGUGAAGACAAUUUACGAUUUCUCCAAAUACAUUCGUCAUCACAAAGUAGCGCCUAUAGAUGCCGUAAAUCUUUUGAAAUUGGAGAUGGCUAAGUUGAAAAUAGUGAAAACUCACUUCGAGUUCGACCAGUUCUUCUUAGAAUACAUGCCAAAAGAGAUCCGCAUAAAGGUUGUACCUGACACGGCGAAUCAAAUUCCGCUUCCUGAGCAUGGUCCCUUCUCAGACAUCAUUCGAGAAAAUGAGUGA